CCAUUGCACAAGCAACGUAUCAUUUGCUGACUGUGCCAGGAAGCAAACAGAAGUGUCCUGUACGUUGCCAAGGAACCGCUGUGUCAAACUCAAAUAUUCCAACAGAGGCAACUACCAAAAAUUUUACAAAGGGUGCGCCGCAACUGAAGAGUGCAAAGUCACGUCUGAUAAAUCAUUUGUGGAAUGCUGUGACGACAACUUGUGUAACAAAGAAUCGAAGUUGAGUUGUUUCAAAUGCAGCAGCACUGUUUCCCACGACGAAUGCCAAAAAAGACGCCAUGAACACGUCUGUAUGAGUUCAAGGGCUGAUCGCUGUUAUCAUGCCUCGAUGCAACAGACCUCACGGGAUGGAUCCAGCGUCACUAAGCACUUUGAGUAUGGGUGCACUUAUCACUUAAACUGUAACAACACUGGAUAUUUUUUGGCUGGUUGCGUUGAGUCAAGUGAUGCUUGCCAAGUGCGAUGUUGUGGCAAAAAUCUUUGCAACGAAGUUUCAGCGACAGGAGAAGAAGUACCCUCGAAGGUCAACAACACGAUAGUGUACGUAUCACUGGCUACCGCUGCAGGCUUGGUAGUGCUGUGCUUCAUUACAGGCUUCUGGUGCUACAGGAAGUCACAUCAAAAGCAAAUGAAAAGAUCAAUAAGGCAUACGCGUGAAAUUAUCGCACUUGACAAAUGGGAAAUUCUUCCUGAGGAAAUAGAAUACGAAGAGGAGCUGGGCCGCGGCGCCUUCGGCGUGGUCUAUAAGGCCACUCUUAAGAAACGACAAGGAAUUGAAAUUUUUGACCCUGGAAAAAAACAGCAGCAAAAUGACAUAAACCACGUGGUGGCGGUUAAAGAAUUGCAAGUUGAUUCAAGCGAGGAACAAGUGUUAGACUUUCGUAAUGAAAUAUCCCAAAUGAAGUUGUUAGCUGCACACCCGAAUAUUGUGUCUCUUGUUGGAUGUUCCACACUGCGCAAGCACAAAUUCCUGGUGUUGGAGUAUGUUCCAUAUGGUGACUUGUUAGACUGGUUACGAAAGAAAAGGCAAUCGAUCAAUCUGUAUCUGGCCACAGAAGAAAAACGAGCAGAGAAUUUUUAUGAGGAAAAAGAACCACAGAGCAAUCAAUGCCAAAAAACCGAGUCAGAGAUAAAGCCAUCACAGUUGGUUUCAACUGAAGCUACAGAACAAGGAAAAGUAGGAGAGAAGGACUUUUCCACAUGGCAGCUGCUUUCUUUUGCUGCACAAAUAGCAAGAGGAAUGAAUCAUCUUGACGAGAGGGGUUUCGUUCAUCGUGAUCUAGCAGCCCGUAAUGUUCUGGUUGGCAAUGACAAUCGAGUUAAAGUAUCAGAUUUUGGGCUGAUGCGUCAAGUAUAUGAAGACGUUUACACCAUCAAAAAGACGAAGAAACUCCCUAUCAAAUGGAUGGCUCCAGAAUCGAUUUAUUACAGUGUUUUUACUACCAAAAGUGAUGUAUGGUCCUAUGGAGUGCUUUUAUGGGAAAUGGCUACAAUGGGAGGAGUUCCAUACCCAACGCUAACUAAUUCCCAAUUGUGUAAGCUACUGAAGACAGGUUAUCUUAUGGGGAGACCUGACAUGUGCUCUGAUGAAGUAUAUGAGUUGAUGACUGAAUGCUGGAGGGAAGAUCCAACAACUCGCCCAAGUUUCGCAGACUUGGUAGGAAAACUGGAGGAGAUAAUGACCAAGGACGUACCAUACUGCGACUUGAACAAUUACGAUGAAACAAGUCCAUGGUACAGUGCUGCCCCUGAGACCUCCGAAGAAACGGAAUAGAAAAAUUGAAAGACUCGUUAGAGCUAAAGCCAAUUAAGAAAGAGUCAACUUGCCAACAUUCUUCGGCACUAUUUAGAAGGAGGAAAUAAGUUGGCAAAGAAGCUGGCAAAGUUUGAGGAGAUGAUUUAGAGAAUUAGUGGUUUUUGAAAACAGAGAUCGCUUUGAAAAGGAAUGCGAGAGAUCACGCAUAAGAACGAGCCAGACGGCAUAGAACUGAGAAGUUCUUAAUACUUCUAGAAGGUUAAUAAAUAAACCGUCCAAUAUUUGAA